CUACAAUUCCGAUAGCUCGACGGCAGAGGAGGCCUCUUACGUAGCCACCUGCAAGAUGCCGCCUUCGCAGCUCAAACGUUUGAAGGCGUCGCUCCGCGAGCAGGGCAUCGUAGGCCCACAGAAGUCAAAGAAACAAAAGAAGAACCAGAAACCGAACGCCGACCAGCGCGCACAGAAAGCUGCCGCACUUGCCAGCAUCCGCGAAGCUGCGAACCCGUUCGACUUCAGAGCGCUUGCCCGGCCGAAGAAAUUCGACUAUGUCACCAACAGGCCUGAGGAUGCGAACAGGCCGCUCGGCAGGCCGGGCGUGAGCAAGAGUAUGGGGGAGGAGACGCGCAGAAAGACAUUGCUGCCGGAGAUGAAUAAACGUAACAAGGUUGGCGGGAUCCUGGAUCGCCGGAUUGGUGAGGAUGAUCCCAGCAUGAGUUUGGAUGCUCGCAUGCAGGCGAGGUUCGAGAGGGAACAGCAGAGGAAGAGGCGCGGCAACGUGUUCGAUCUGGAGGAGGCCGAGGAUGACGUGGAACUGACCCAUGGCGGGAAAUCACUGCGGUUCGACGUCAAUGGUGAGGAGGAUUAUGAUGCUGCAAGCGUGGAUGCCGGCAGCGACGAUGACCAAGAGGACGGCUUCUUGCGACGUAAGAGGAGGAGAGAUAGUGAUGCUGCGGAGGACCUUGCCGAUGGGCCCGCACAGGAGCAACCCGAGCGGAAGAAGAGCAAGAAGGAAGUCAUGGAAGAAAUCAUCGCCAAGUCAAAGCAACACAAAUAUGAACGGCAGCAACAAAAGGAAGACGACGAAGAGCUUAUUGAAGAGCUGAACAAGGAUCUUCCGGAUAUACUCGCGGCUUUGAGAGGUCACACUACCAAGCGGGAACAACCGAAAGAACCGGCUAACGGUGGGCCUGCUGAUGACUUUGGCAUCAACCCUGAGAGAGCAGCUCUGAUAGCCGGCAAAUCAAGAGACGCAGCAGACAAGGAAUACGACGCCAGAGUACGGCAGAUGCUCUUCGAUCAACGGGCGAAGCCCACUGAGCGGACCAAGACCGAGGAAGAGAUGGCCAAGGAGAAUGCGGAGCGUCUCAAAGAGCUGGAGGAGCAGCGGAUGCGCCGGAUGAGAGGCGAGGAGAGCGAUGAAGAGGAUAAUAAAGCCCAGGAUGGAGGGGACGACGACCAGGACUAUGGCGUGCAUGAUGACGCAGCUGAGUUUGGACUCCCAAGUGGACAUACCCAAGGGAGCCGGCCCGAAGGCGUUGAGGACGAGGAUGACUUUCUCAUGGAUGGAGACAUCAUAGCCAGCGAUUCCGAAGCGGAUAUGUCGCAAGAAACCGAUGACGAGUCCGAGGUGGAUGAUACGAUGGCGGUUGAAGAAGACGAGGAUUUCCUGAAGGAUGUGUUGGAGCAACCCAAAACUGAAAAGGCGGCCAAUGGUGUUUUAAGCAUUGCCGAACCUUCAUCGAAGCUGGCCUAUACAUAUCCGUGUCCCCGCUCCCACACUGAGCUCCUCUCGGUCUACAAAGACGUUGCACCUAAAGAUGUUCCCGUUGUCACUCAGCGUAUACGAGCUCUCUACCACGCCGGCUUACAUACAGACAAUAAGAACAAACUUGCCGACUUUGGUUGCGCUCUAGUGGACCACAUCUCGUAUCUUGCGAACCAUUCUCCCGAGACACCACUAACGGUAACGGAAACACUCAUCCGACACAUACACUCGCUAUCUCGAUCUUAUCCGGUACAGAUUGCUACUCGCUUUCGUGCUCAUCUCAAGCAGAUUCAAGAGCGAAACGAUCUAAGUCCAGGCGAUUUGACAAUUCUGACUGCUAUAAGCUCCAUCUUUCCCACUUCAGACAAAUUCAGUCCUGUUGUAACGCCGGCUCUGACAAUCAUUGCACGCUUCCUGGGUCUUAACUCACCUUCUAGCGCUAAAGACAUUACGACUGGAGCAUAUCUGGGCGCACUGUGUGCGGAACGCUACAUUCCUCUGUCGAAGAGAUACAUCCCCGAACUAAUACGGUACACCGUGCUCUGCCUGGAGUCACCCCACAUCAACUCCAGCCUAAUCUCCGCACAUACGAAGAAUUUGCUUGCUUUGGCUGAUCUCUGGUCUUCUACGCCAGCAUUCAUCGAGAUAUUCAGCCCGGUCGUGCCGACGCUCUCCGCUCUGAAGCAGACACUCGCCGUGCAGCGCCUUCAGAUCCUUCUCCAAAAUGCCCGCCUCCACAGACGGCCGCAGGAGCUCCACCACCACCGGCCGCUUCCUAUCAAGACAUCGAUACCCAAGUUCGAAGAAGGCUUCGAUCCUAACAAGCACUAUGAUCCCGAUAAGGAGCGAGCAGAGGCGAACAGAUUGCGAAAGGAGUACAAGAGAGAGAGGAAGGGUGCGCUGCGCGAGCUACGCAAGGACGCCAACUUUAUUGCAAGGGAGAAGCUCAAGGAGAAGAAAGAGAGGGAUCGUAGGUAUGAGGAGAAGUAUAAGAAGCUGGUGGCAGAGAUUCAGGGAGAAGAGGGCCGAGAGGCUAAUGCAUAUGAGAGGGAAAAGCGGACAAGGAAGCGGAAGAAUUAGUACGUCAUUGGAUUGCGGUGAAGAAACAUUGAGCGAGAUUACUCGCCCGUUGAUAGUGAAAAAUACCAUACCUUCAUCUAUACAUAUGUAGGCCCU